AAUCAGAGACACGGAGUCUAAGAAAAUGUCUGGAGGCAUCACCAAUCCCCGACCUGCAGACGCAGGAGUGCAGUCCAUCUGUCUCUCUAUGAAGACAGAUGUGGAGAAGAACAGAGGAGAGAAUUUUGGGAUUUUUGAAGCUUUAUCCUACAAGACAAAAAGUGACGAUGGAACCACCUACUACAUCGAGGUCUUCACUGGGGGGGACAAAUAUCUGGAGGUGGAAGUGUUUGUGAAGUUCACCUUCGGCAGUGGAGCAGUCCUCACUAAAGUUUGUGAGAUCAUUAAGACAAAAGAGCCUGAGCUUCUAAAUAAUGCACCAACUUGAUUCUAUAUAAGUUUAUAAUCUGAUACCAAAUCAAUGAUGUCAUAUGUUUCAUAUAAACAGUUAUGGUGCACACUUCACUAAUCUCCUGUGGUUUUGUCUCAUUUGUUCUUACUUCUUGUAAUAAGUGUUACAUCAAUAUUCUUCAAUAUUCUAUGGUGAUGACACACCUGAUUGGUCUGUUAUUAAUGUUCAUAUCUUGAUUUAAAAGUCCUGUGUUACGCUAAAUUAACUCUUGUGAUCUUAAACCAUG